UACUGGUUUAUACUGGUUUAUACUGGUUAUACUGGUUUAUACUGGUUUAUACUGGGAUGUACUGGGGGGAUGUGCUCACCCUCCAAAUUGGGGUCCGGAGACGCCCCGAGAGGUGCCGGGACAGGAGCAGGAGGGGGGACGUCCUGACCCUCCACUACACGGGGCAGCUGGAGGACGGCACCCAGUUCGACAGCAGCCACAGCCGGGACCCCUUCGUGUUCUCCCUGGGGACCGGCCAGGUCAUCAAGGGCUGGGACCAGGGGCUGCUGGGGAUGUGCGAGGGGAGAAGAGAGGCUCGUCAUCCCCCGGAACUGGGUUAUGGGGACCGAGGGGCUCCACCCCCCUGCCCAGGGGGGGCCGUGCUCAUCUUCGAGGUGGAGCUGCUGAAGAUCGAGCGGCGCCCGGAGCUUUAGGGGGGACCCCAAAUCCCCCACCCCCAAAACCUCCCCCUCCACCCCCAAA